AUGGAUUUUCAUGGCAUGAAGCGAAAAGACCUGCAGACGUUGUGUAAAAAGCACGGCGUCCCUGCAAAUUUAACCAACCGUGAAAUGGUGGAUCAGUUGGCUUCCAUUUACAAGGAAGAUGAAGAACCCAUUUCAUUAGAAAAGUUGAGUACUAAUCCGAAAGAAAUAGGUAGUGACAAUGAAGCUAAGGUUGUUAAAAAGCAGGCAAAGAAAGUCAGUUUUAAUCCUGAAAAUCAAACCAUUGAGUACGAGGUCUCUGUCUGUCUGCAGCCUAGAAAAAGGUCUAGGAAGCUGUUGUUGUCCAAGAAUCCUGUCCAGGAUAUCGAAAAUGCUCCAAAUAGUGAAGAUAUUAGGAAAGUUGAGGACUGCCAAGUUAGAAUCACGAGGUCUAGAGUGCGAAAUGCAGUUGAAGAUAAUAUAAACAUGGUUUUUUCACCUCCUGUUGGGAGGAAGAGAAGCAAAGGAGGCAUGAAGAAUAGAGAUGCUGAGGUGAAUAAUAUUGGCAAAUCUGAGGCGUUGGAAAUGGGUGAGAGGGAAGAUGUCAAGAAUGGUCAUCAUGAAGUGACUGAUGGGUUCUGUGGGAGGCAGUUAAGAAGUAUGAAGAAUGUGACUCAGGAAGAAUCAAAGAAAAGGAAGGGGAAAGGAGGUGAUGAGGUUCAUUCGUUUGAUGAAAUUUCUGAAGAGAGUGAUGUUGUUCGUGAGGAUGCAAAUUCCAAAAAUGGCCGAAGGCAACCAACGAGGAAUGCUAGAAAGGAUGAUCGAUCUGUGAAAUUGAGCAGUGAAGUGGAAAAGGUUGAAGUUGUUUCUAGGGUGACGCGGCAGUCAAGGGCAAAACCGAAAGAUAUAGCUUCUAUGGUGAAAAGUGAAGUUAAAACUGUUGGGGUACAGCGAGGAUGUGAAGACGUUAUUCAACUUAAAGAACCUCAGAAAGACACAGGGAAAAAUGCUUUGAGAGAGAAUGCUGUGCAUCAAAGGGUGAGUGCUGAAAGCAGUUUAAUUGGUGUAGGAGGUGCAGCAACAGAGAAGCCUUUGAGGCGAUCAAAACGUAAUGCGGAGAAAGAUUGUGCCAAAAGUACUACAUCUGUGAGAAGUGAAACUCAGGUAACAAAGGUUCAGGAGCAAUCUGAAAGACAUAUUGCACUUGAGGAACCUCCAGAAUGUUUAAGGAGAUAUUCUUCCAGGCGAAAAUCUGUUCUGUCUCAGAGUGGUAAGGGGGAGAAUAACGAAGAAUUCUUGAAAAAGGAGACCAAGAAACGAAGUAGGACUAUUGAAUUGGAUGCAGUUGUGGAAAAUGGUGGUGAGAUAGAGAGGGCCAAGUAUGCCUUCACUUUACAAGACCAAGCCCCUUUCAGAAGGAGCAGACGCAAGACAGUAAUUCUUAAUGCCCCAGCUGUAGCUGAUGCAAAGUUGGCAAAUAAGGAAGAUAUUGAAAAAAUGCAGCAGUUAAGAGUACCAUAUCUAGGCAAAGAGGUGACUGAAGAAUUACCAAGAAAGUCCAGUCAAAAUUCUUCUGGUUGUAGUUUAUCAGGAACGUGUAAAGAAGAUCAAAAUGCUGUUGCCAAAAAAGACCAGGGAGUGAAGCAACAAAUGCAAGAGCCUAGUCUAGAAGAAGAAAAAACUUCUGUUGUUGAGCUUCAUGCCAUAACAGAGAAACCGCAAAGAAGAUCCAAUCGUAUUUCUUCUAUACGUGCCUCUUUUGCACCUUGCAAUCCAACUGCCAAAGUUGUCGAGAAGAGGCAGCCAAGCAAAUCUAGAAUGGAGAUUAUAGAAGAGGAAGCUUCACUUACUAAGAGUCUUCCAGCUGGAAAGGAUGAGUUACUUGUAGCAGAAGGCUCAGGGAACAAAAAUGAUCUUGAUUUGAACUUCGGCAAACAGGCUGUCAAAAAUGCUGACGGAUGUUCUAACAAAAAGGGAAAGGGAUUGAGGGGGAAUUCUGGGGCAAAGAAGCAGUGUGGAUUUGUGGAGGCCUCUCCUCUUUUUCUUGACACGGAGGAAUCCAAGGAUUCUGCUGGAAAUAUGGAGGAAACUCUGAUUACAACAUCUGAGAAUUUGGUUGGCCUUUCUACAGACCAAGAAAUCCAGCAUUUUGCCCACAAAUCAAUGGGGCUUGAGGAGAAGGAAAACAAUUUAUUGGGAGAUGACAGAGAGAGAUUGGUCCAUGGUGGCAAUGUUGAGAGUGAAGUGAAUAGUAUGCCAAGUCAGUCUGUUAAUACAACAUGUGUGCUGGAUGAUGCUAAUUGCUUAGACCCCAAACUCCUAGAAUUUGAAGGUAAUGUUAGUCACGUAUUAGGUUCCUCUGAGAUAAACUUUCCAGCUGAAAGCCAAGGACGUCGAAUAUCUGAUCAAGAAAUGAAGGAAGAUACGACACCAAUCGACACACAUUCUGCUCAUGAAUCUUUGGUUGUUGACAACGAGUAUAGAAGCAUCCUGAAAAUUGAUAAACAGAGGUUGGUCCAUGUUGACAGUACUGACAAUGAAAUGAAUCUUCCUCAAUCAAGUACGUCGUUAAAUGGAAGAGGUGCUGUUGAUGACUCUAAUUUGCUAGAAUCUAGAUGGGUAGAAUUUGAAACUAAACUUGUCAACAUGGACUCAUCUGAGAUAACUUCUCCAUCUAAUGGUCUUUCAUUAGCAGAUCAAAAAGAUCUUACAGGUGCCACCUCUACCCUCCUGAACUCAGAGAAAGAUUUGGAGACAGAGCUACCAAGGGGUGAAGACACUAACUUUUUGAGUGAUAAUGUGAAUGUUGAUGAUAGCAGAGCUCCUUUUGGAGAGGACCAUAUCUUAGCGGAAUUAAAAGAUACCAAUUUCACUGCUGCUGAAUCCGUCACGGAGGCGAUUUUUAAGGACCCCUUGAAUGAAUAUGGUGAAAUUAGUAGUUUGAAGAGUGGGUCACAAAAUACCCUGAAGAAAGCUGAAGUUAUUGCGACUGAGUUUUCAAAGAGAGAAGGAAUUCCACCCAUGGAGAGUUCUUUUAAGGCUACUGAAAAUGAAGAAAGUAGCGCGGAAUUUCAUUUUGCUACUGCUGAAACUGGUGCACAAAAUAUCAUUGAAAUCCAGGAGAGCUCAUAUAUAAACACUGCUGCCCCAGGAACUCCAUGUGAACCUGCACCAGGAAACCAAUUCGAAGAUAAAAUAUGCAGGGUUGAUGCUGCUAACGCUGCAGGUAGAGGGAUGUCAGAUCAAGAAAGGAAUGAAAAUCUGAAUCCAGGAAAUGCACACUUUAUUCAUGAAGCUGUAUUAAUAUAUGAGGAGAAUACCAGAGUGGUGAAAAACGAUGAAGAGAUAAGGAUCCAUGAUGAUACUUCCGAGGGUGAAAUGAAAUAUUAUUCUUGUCUGUCCUUGAAUGGGACAGGUACUAUUGAUGAUUCUAUCUUGGUUGAACCUAGAAUGGUUGAUUUUGAGAGCUAUGAUAGCAAAGUGGUUUCUCCUGAGAUAGCUUCUCUAGCUAAUGUUUUCUCUCCUGCAAGCCAAGUAGACCUCGCAGGCAAAACUUCAAGUUACAUAGAACUGGAGAAAGUAUUGGAGACAGGAGAGCCUUCUGAAAACAUGAACUCUAUAUAUUGUAAUGUGGAUGCUGAAGGAAGUGAAACUACAAUUGAGGAGGAUCAGAUACUAAAGGAUGCUAAUUUGACGGCUCCUGAUUCAAUUGGGGAUGUAAUUUUCAGUGCCCUCCCAAAUGAACCUGAUGAAAAUAUUGGUUUGAAGAGAGGGUCAGAAAUUCCUUUGAAGAAAUCUGAAAAACUGAGUGCUACUGAGUUUUCUGAUGGGGAAGAAAUUGCACUCACUGAGAGUUCCAUUAAGGCCCCUGGAAAGCAUGAAUUUAGAGCUCAGAUUGAUAUUGUUAAUUCAAUAACUGGUACACCAAAUAUUACAGAAAUAAAGUGGAGUUCAACUAGUGGCACUGCUACCUGCGAAGCCCUAUUUGGAUCAGCACCCCAAAGCCAAGAUAAAUUAUGCAGUGCUGGACUUACUGUUUGCAUUGCGAGAAGUGAGAUUUGCAAUCAAGAUGAGGAAACCAGUUUGGUGGAGGAUGACAAGGAGAUCCUAAUCCAGGAUGAUACCAUUGAGGGUGAAAUAAAAUAUCAACCUUGUCUGUCUUUGAAUAAAACAGGUGCUCUUGAUGAUGCUUUGAUUGAACCUAGAAUGGUUGAACUUGAAAGCAAUGCUAACAAAGUGAUUUGCUCUGAGAUGACUUCUCUGGCUGAUGUUUGCUCUUUAGCCAGUCAAGCAAAUUUUGCAGGUGAAACUUCAAAUGAGUUGAAAGUGGAGAAGUUGUUGGAGUCAGAAUCACCAAGGAGUGGGAAUGUUAACUAUGAAAGUGAUAAGAUUGAAGUUGAAGAUGACAAAAGUUCUCCUCAAGAGGAUCAGAACUCAAUGCACUUAGAAGAUGCCAACACAAUUGCUGCUGAAUCAGUUCAGGAGGUAUUUUCCUGGGAUUACUCGAAUAAAUUCUGUGAAAGUUGUGUUACAAAGGAGUUUGAAGUUUCUUUGAAGAAAGCAGAAGAAUUAAGUACUGAUAAUUCUUCUGGAAAAGGAAUGGUACAAACUGAAGGUUCAGUUGACUUUAAUGAAAAGAGUGAAGCCACUGCUAAAAUCCAUACUCUUACUGCUGAAGCUGGUGAAAAGACAAUUUCGGAAAUUCAAUGGAGUGUGAGUAGUCACGAUACAACUUUGAUAAGUCCACUUAGACCUAAAGUAGGCAGCCAAGAUCUGCAAGGCACAAUAUAUAGAGUUGAAACAGCUGUGAGCCAUGCAGGAUAUGGAAUGUGUGGUCAGCAAAAGAAUGAAGAAAAUGUGAAAAUAGUGGAAAAUGAACAUGAUGAGACAAUAAAUGCCAAAAAAGAAUUGUUUUCUAGUGGAAAAAAAUAUCUUGAAGAGAGUUUUGAAGGAAAAGUUCCAGUGGGUGGUGUUUGUCGUCGACUUUCAGACAGCACACACAGUCAAUGCAUAAAAGAUAAAAAAGUUGACAUCUCAGAUGAAAGCUUUAACAAUGUUUCUUGUGAGACAGAGGAGAAAUAUAUCUGUGAAGCUUUAGAUGAAGAAGGAACUGAUCCUAUUUCAUCAGAAGAAAAGGAUAAUGAUGUAUUCAAAAGUGCUUCUCAUGCUGAUGCUUCUCCACAACGUAUUUGUAACGAGAAAUUAUCCUUCAACGGCUGUCUGCCUGUCAGCAAUGACAUGGAAGGAAAAUCUGAGGCAGUUUACAUGGAUAAUAAGAAUAUGAGGAAUGAAAUUCAAGUGUAUUUUUUGCCUCAACUAGCAUUGGAGCUGUUGGAUAAUGAGAGUGAGGCUGCAAAGCAAGGUGCUGAAAAUGGAGAAGCCAAUGCUACGGUUAUUAGUAAUGUCACUCAAGCUUUGCCAUCAGAGGAAUUGACUGCACCUAUUAUUUCAGAACCUUUUUCAAUGAAGCCUCAUGAUCAUGUGCUGGUGGGUGGAGAGAGGAAUUCUAGUGGUGAAAGAGUUAUGGAUCAUCCCUUUGAUAAAGACUUUGCUGCAACCAUGGAUAGCAAUGGAAUUAGUGCGAGUAGAGAAGCAGAUGUUGGACAGGAUGAUAAUAUUAUGGAGGAAAUCGCAACACCAUUCUUGAAAGUUGUACUUGCUGACCACAGUGGUCACAAGGUGGUGAGUACUGAAUUUUCAGAAGAAAUGCCGAAUGCAUCUGUGGGAACUAGGCUGUCAUUUUUACAGGCAAACUGUAGUGAUCUUGAUGAUCAAGGUGAAAAGGUUGCACUUGAAUGUGAUUGUAGUUCUUCCAUUGGAUUAGAUGGUCUUAAAUCAACUGUUGGCAUAAUUAUGGGCAACGUUUUAAAAGUUGGCACAGUGGAGAGCACUUUGAAUAGCAAAGAUCCUCAGUGUGGAAAAAAAGUCGAUGAUCCUGAUGUAAAUGAUAGCAAUGCAGCAGAUGAAUUUGAUGCCGCCUUCACUGUUGAAGAAGCAGAGAUUGAGAACUGUGGAAAAGCACAUGUUUCUCAUCAGAGAUCUUUAUUUGGUGAUGAACAGGAAGAUGUCCCAUCAUAUGCUGAUAAACCUUGUUGCAAGCCUGAAAUUAGUAUUGGUUGUUCUACUCUUUUAUGCUCGAGUAUUCCAGUGUCAUGUGAAAAAGAACUUCAUCCACAAGUUAUGGAUGACAUCAAUGAUGUGGGUGGAGCUGAAAUCUCUAUUGACUGCAAAGUUACAAGGGAGGAAAGAGAUGGGUGCCAAAUAGCUAGUGGAGGUUUUAGUGGUGUAACUGAUGGUUCCUUGGUAGAAAGGAGCAAGGGAGAACUUGAAGAAAUUGCUGAAGCAAAGUCUGAUGGCUAUGAAGGUUCAGUAAAAACAGCCACAUUCAUUGAUAGCACUAACAGUUUGGUUGUGAACCAGCCUCUAUGUUUGGAUGAAAGCAAGAGUUGUGACCUAGAGACCGUGGAACCACAUGGCUUGCAUUUGCAUGCUAAGAUAGUUGGUGAUUCCAGGGAAGUUGGAAGCUGCAAUGAACUGGACAAUGUUUCCUCAAUUUGUGCUGCUUCUGAUGAACAUAAAGACUUGGAGAAUCCUGAUGAAUCACACAUCUUAACCAGCAUGGCGAUGUGUUUGUUUUUGGAGGGUGAAGAUGAUGUUAAGAAACUAGAUGCAAAUGCUAGUGACAGUAAUCAUUCUGAUUUAGACAAGGCCAUAACGAAAUGCAAUUCAAGUAGCCUCAAAGGGGAGGAUUAUAUUGCCAGCGCAGAUGUUGAGGAUAUAAAUUUCUCGGUGAAAAUGGAUGAUCCUGAAGAUAUUGAAGAAACAAUGGAGUUGAGAAAAGAUGUGUCAGGGCUGGUUGCAGCAGUGGCAGAUAAAUGUCCCCUAUUAAAGAAUUCAGAAGUUGGUAGAGUUGUCGAUGGUGAAGAAGCCUUCAGGUCCGAACUAAAUUUGCUAUCAUCUCAAAAGAAAAAUGUGACCGCAAAAAAGAAGGGGAGCAACAGUGCGUUUGUGAAGCAAUUGACUUCUUCCGUAAUAAAAUGUAAGAGCAAGCCUAGUGUGAUUCAAAGAACACCAAAGCGACUGAUAAUACGUGAUACGAAGGAGAACGAGGGUAGCACCAAGCGGAUUGGCAACAGGACAACGCAUAAAACAUCAUCCAAGAGGCGGCCUCUUGAGCCUGUCUGGAAGUAUUAGAUAUAGUUCAAACCUUUUUUUUUAAUGAUUCCUUUAUAGACAUAGUAACCCCAUUUUCUACUAGAUAUGAGCAUAACUCAUGCAUUAUUUGUUUGUAAAAUUGUGAAAACUUGAUAUUUGUGCACAUUUUUUGGUUGUGUUUUGAUUAUUUGGUGAAGUUUAGGCGUGUGACUUCCAGUGAUACUCUUAGUUUAUAAAAUCUGUUGUAUUAUGAUUUUUUUUUAAUACUCAGAUUCUGAUACUUUGCUUGGAUCUAAUUUUCCUGAAUCAUUUUGGUGAUAUAUUUUCAUAUUGAUAGAUUUAGUAAUUUGUGCAUAUUUAUGUUGUGUUUUUUUCAAAAUUUAUUUUGGUAUUUGAA